GCUGAAAAUAGAAUGACAUAAGAUUUGUAUCUUUUCAUUGGUCAGAUUUGACAUCAUAUUUCACGUGACCUAAGAGCGAUGUUCUGAUUUGAUGGUUGUUAUAGAAACAAACUGGAUUAUGGGAUACUACAACAUCCAAAUAAGGAAAAUCUAUUUUUAUCAAUGACGUUCUUUGACGUAAAUUGGAAUUCCCCGAUAGCGAAACCGAGGCAGAGACACGAAGCCAGACGAAGCGCGAAAACGAAUGACAUUCAUCUUAAAAGAAAAAGUAUUAAACUUCAGAAGAAGUAAUGUGACUUCUUGAAUCUUCAAGUCCACUUGUAAGAGAUUGCUUGGAUACUUGGGAUGGAUUCUAUACAUGGUAAAAGAAAAAGCUUUGCCUUACAAAACCUUUCAGGACCUGUUACCGGUAUGAAGGAUUCAACAGAAUCUAUACAGCUACCAUCAAUAGAUAGAAAUAAAAGUAAUCUUUCAAGUGAAAGCCCUUACAAAUUUACUGGCAAUGUUACUUUUGGAAGUUCCAACUACAACAGUUUUUCACGACCAUUACAAAGACCAGUGUCCACACCAAAGUCGGAUACAAUUACAAGAUUUAACAAAAACUCUGAGGAAAAGAGCUGCACAGAAGGGAUUGCUAAUGAUACUGGUCCCAGUUAUUUUAAGCCACCUCCUCGAAGAGGACCAUUUUCAGUGGAAACCCCGUAUUUUAAUAAAGCGACUCCACUGAUUCUUGCUACAGCACGACAUACCGGCUCAUCCAUUACAGCAUCAUGUAACACUGAUUCAAUCAGACAACUACAGAAUCCUUAUACAGAUCAGAUUACAGCAAGUGGAGUGUCAUCAGAGUACUUUCAGAAGAGGACUCCUGCUGGCUGUAGGUCAUUGCCAUCUAACGACAGCAGGUCUAUACCCACCGUUACUGGGUCGGCAACCUCCUCGGGGCUUGAUACAGGGGAGGAAGAGGAUAUAAGUGAUGCAGAUGUCAGACAGAUAAGGCAGAAUGGAAACAGUUUGUCUUCAUCUAACAAGUUGCAGAUCUACAUGGGUGUGAUAUGGCACGGAGGUAAGAUGGGUGUGGCAUACUAUGACCUUGACACAACAGUUGUACAUAUCAUGCUGGAUAUCCAGGAGACAGAUGACUUUAAGCUGUUGCUCAAAGUGUUGAAGGAGAUCUGUCCAGUCCAGAUUGUUGUCAGCUCAAAACAAGAUGAAAGAAUGUUGAAAGUUUUAAGAAACUAUGCAUUAGAGGUAACCAAUGUAAAUGUGUCAGCUGAUGACAACUGUCCAAUGCUACAGUUUCUUCCAAGCAUAGAUUUCUCAACAGAGAUCUGUAAAAGACGAGUGAUAUCCAUGGAUCUACCCUCUAUACCUGAUCAUUAUGUAGAUGCAGAGAGAACGAUGUAUAUUUCUUCACUGAUUCCAUUUGAAAAUGUCUGCAUGAUACGUGCUAUGGGAGGUUUGUUAAAGUACCUGGAGAAGAUGAGGAUUGGUAUUGAACUGGAGGAAGCUGGUACAAGACUACCUGUGUUAGAUGUUAAAAUAGUUACACUUGCCUUACAGAUAUUUCAGAAAGAGUCACACCCAUCUGUUUAUAAGGCAGGAACCAGCAACAGUGCAAAGGAGGGACUUAGCUUAUUUGGCAUAAUGAACAGGACAAAGUCACAGAUUGGGAGUAGAUUGCUUAGGACAUGGUUCCAGAGACCUCUAAAGGACAAGGAGGCUAUACAGAAUCGCCAUGCAGCCAUUGCUUACUUUAACAACCCCAGAAACUUGGAAUUUGUUACCUCCCUUGAAGAAUCAGUCAAAAACGUGAAAAAUAUCUCAAAAAUACUGACAAGAAUGAUGACAUCACAAGCUUCUGUAGGGGACUGGCAGGUUUUAUACAAGACUGUGUACAAUGCCACCUCGAUAAAGGAGCUGUGUAGAGCCCAGCCUCAGACUGUUGAGAUCAUCAGAAAGGUGACUGAGAAAUUCACAGAUGAUCUUCAUCAGGUUACAAACUACAUCUAUAAAGUUGUAGAUUUUCAGGAGUGCUCCUUGCAGAACAGAUUUGUGGUGAAGCCUAAUGUCAAUGAAAAUUUGGAUAAAAAAAAGCGCAUGUAUAGUGGAUUGCCUGAAUAUUUGACAGAAGUUGCGUACCAGGAGCUAAACAACUUGGAUAAUGAUGUAACAUUAUGUUCUAUUCUGUAUAUACCUCAGAUUGGAUAUCUGCUAGCUAUACCAGAGACAGCUAUGAUCAACCAGUCAGAUGAUAGAAUUAACUAUGAAAUAAAUGGACUUGAGUUUGUGUUUCUGUCCAACAAUGUCUUACAUUACCGAAGUGCCCGAACCAGAGAGCUUGACACACUGCUGGGAGACACUCGCUGUGAUAUCACAGACAUGGAGACAGCCAUCAUGCACAAGUUACAGAACAACAUCUUGAAAUAUUCCAGCCUUCUUCUGACUGUGUUAGACAUCUGUGCUGAACUGGACUGUUUGUUGUCACUGGCAGCAUGCGCCAGAGAAUACAGCUACUGCAGACCUACCAUCACAGAUGAAAUUGUCAUAAAGGUUGUCAAUGGAAGGCAUCCAAUCCAGGAGGUUUGCUGCAGUACAUUUGUACCAAAUGAUAUACAGAGUAAUACAGAAUAUGGAAAAAUUAAAAUCUUAACAGGACCUAACGCCUGUGGGAAAUCUGUCUACCUCAAACAGGUGGCUCUGAUAGUAUUCCUUGCUCAGAUUGGGAGUUUUGUUCCUGCAGAAGCGGCUACACUGGGAUUGGUUGACAGAAUUUUCACUAGAAUUAGAUCUUUGGAAAGUGUUUCUGUUGGACUUUCCACUUUCAUGAUAGACAUAAAUCAGAUGGCAGAAGCUUUGAGAAGUGCCGGUGAAAUGUCAUUAUGUAUUGUUGAUGAAUUCGGAAAAGGGACAGAUAUGGUUGAUGGUCUGUCACUACUUUGUUCCAGUCUGAAGCACUGGAUUGAACAGGGAAAUAAAAGUCCACAUAUCUUCCUGAGUACACAUUACCACGGUAUCAUAAAGCAGAGUCUCAUACCUAGAGAGCCUAAUGUCAAAUAUCUAACACUGGAGACCUUGCACAAUGGUGAAGAGCUUGUGUUCCUGUAUCAACUAGUGGAAGGCCACACAACUUCCAGCUAUGCCUGUCAUGUUGCAACACAAGCUGGACUACCUAGUACAGUUGUCAAGAGAGGAAUGGAGGUAUCACAGCUGAUAAGACGGUGUAAACCUGUACAGAGACAUGAUACUGUAGCAACUGAAACACAGUUCAAAAGAUGUCAGACUAUUGUAAAUAAAUUCCAAGAACUUGAUUUGGAGACUGCAGAUAUCAAGUCUUUCCUCACCGGAUUUGUUCUUCCAGCCAUAGAAGGAAAGCUGUGAACAAUUACAUUAAUUUAAAUUAUAUCUGUUUGAUUGUGAAAGAGACUGAAAACCUAUCUGAGAAGAUUUUAAGUAGAUCUUUAUCAAUGCAGGGUGAAUCUGUUUGUUGUUACCACAUAGUUUUCUCCAGUUUAUGACAAUUAUUUAUUUUCAGCUUUAAGUUAUGACUGUUUCUGUGAUAUGUGUUGAUAUUUAUUUUUAACCACAAUUUUGUCUCGAAAAUCUAUUUUAACUUUUUUUGAUGGAGGCUGUCCAUUUGUAAAUACAGACAUAUGUAAGCACACUAUCUUUAAUUUAUAUACAGUCAAUGAAACACCACUCCCUUGGGCAUAGCUCAAGCUCCUGGCCUCGCUCCACCAUUUCAUAUAAUCCCCAGCUUUUUUCUUAUAAUUAUGUCAUGUUUGUAUUGCUUUAAACCCUAGAUAGCUGGAAGUGAGCAACGUAGGCCCAUUUGAUCCUGUAACUUACAGAUAAUUAGAUAUUAAAGCAGAUUUGCCACAUGGUACAUUCACUGUAACUUCACCAUGAAUCAUUUAGAAACAAAGUAUGAUGUUAAUUGUAAUGAUUAUGCUAAUAAAGUUUGUAAAGUA